AUGGUUCUGCACAACCCCAACAACUGGCAUUGGGUCAACAAGGAUGUCUCCCAGUGGGCAAGGACGUGGUUCGAGGAGAACCUGACCCAGAUCGAGGCCAAGAAUGGCGAUGUUGAGGCCAAGGUCAGCAAGAUCCAGAGCAUGGACGGCGACGUCGAUGUCAGCCAGCGGAAGGGCAAGGUCAUUACCAUCUUCGACGUGAAGCUGGUCCUGGAGUAUACCGGCUCUGCACCUGACGCGGACGAGGUCUCGGGCACCAUUACUGUCCCGGAGAUUGCCCACGACACAGACGAGGACGAGUAUGUGUUUGACGUCGACAUCUUCUCCGAAUCCAAGGAGAAGCAGCCCGUCAAGGACCUGGUGAAGUCCAAGAUUAUUCCCCAGCUGCGGACACACUUCCAAAAGCUCGCUCCUGCCCUGAUUGCCGAGCAUGGCAAGGACAUCCAACACGCCGCCGGCUCCAACCCCUCGAGUGGCUUCUCCACCCCGAAGCUUCACCCUCAAGCAUCCACGCCUAAGCCCGCGCAAAGCAGCGCUCCUACCAGCACGUCCGGCGUUGUCAACACCGUCACGGUGACUGACAACGAAGAGUUCCGGACCACGGCCGAGGAGAUGUACCAGACCUUUGUCGACCCUCAACGGUUGGCGGCUUUCACACGGUCUCCCCCCAAGGUCUUCGAGGGCGCGGAGAAGGGCGGAAAGUUCGAGCUGUUCGGCGGCAAUGUGUCGGGCGAGUACCUCGAGCUGGAGUCGCCCAAGAAGAUUGUGCAGAGCUGGCGGUUGAGCCAGUGGCCCGCCGGCCACUACUCAAAGCUGCAGAUCGAGUUUGACCAGAACGACGUGGACCACGUUACCGUGAUGCGUGUCACGUGGGAGGGUGUUCCCGUCGGCCAGGAGGAGGUAACCAAGAGGAAUUGGCUCGAGUACUACGUCAAGAGCAUCAAGACGACGUUUGGCUUCGGCACUAUUCUGUAA